AACGAGGCUCAACGGGCCAAAGUAUCAACUUCCUGUCCUGAAAGUGCUAUAUCUCCUCCAGAACAGUCUCCACUUAGCCAUCUCUCUCAAACGAUGUCCGGGAAAAACCACAAUGACGGCCAAAGAGUUGAGCCCAUCAGCCGACCGGCGGGCAACACGGAGCACAGUUGGUGCCGUGCACUUUCACAAGGCACCGGAGUUGCUGUGUUGACCCUUCAACUGUCUCAGGCAAUAGAAAUCCCUAUUUUUCAACAAGCACUCCGCAAGCUCCAAGAUGCCCACCCCAUACUCAGGUCGAAGCUUCACUACAAUCCAUCGAAAAAGGCUUUCUCAUUCACAACACCCGCCACGUCCCACAUCCAAGUUCAAUCGUUCGACGCCUCAACAACCUCACACCUCCUCAAGAAUCUUUCUGAAAAAUGUGGUAACGGGUUUUCCAUUUCUCCUCUCCACAUGAUCCAAGAAAACGAACUGAACAACAACGCAUGGGCGAAUCCGUACAACUUUCCUGGCAGUGGCAUGGACGUGUUCCUGGCUAGUGUUUAUGAGCUGCCCGGUUCGAAAUGGAUUAUUGCACUGAGGUUUCACACGGGAGUGUGUGACCGGACCACGGCCGUGACAUUGCUCAGGGAGUUGAUGGAGCUUGCUGGGGACAGACUUGAGGAAGAAGCAAAGGGCGGCGAGAAGCCCGACGAGGGUCCGAUAAAAUAUCAGGAGAAGAUGCAGCAGGGAAUUGAGGAUCUGAUUCCUAGCGGGAAGGCAAAGAAGACUCUGUGGGCUCACGGGAUUGACGUGUUGGAAUAUUCGGUGAACUCGCUUAGGCUGACCAAUCUCAAGUUCAAAGAUGUCAAGUGGCCGAGGUUUUCUGAGGUUGCGAGACUGCGCAUGAAUCCGCAUGAGACCAACCAGAUACUCGUUGGAUGCAAAUUGAGAGGGAUAAAGCUGUGUGGAGCACUAGCAGCAGCUGCACUGAUUGCAGCACAUUCUUCCAGAAGCAGCCCUGAUCAGCGCAAGAAGUACGGGGUGUUGACCCUUACAGACUGCCGCUCCAUUCUUGACCCACCCCUCUCUCCUCAUAAUUUCGGAUUUUAUCACGCUGCAAUCCUCAACUCUCAUGCAGUAAAAGGAGGAGACAACUUGUGGGAUUUGGCCUCCAGAUGCUACUUGGCCUUCGACAAUGCAAAGAAAUGCAACAAACACUUCUCGGACAUGGCUGACCUCAAUUUUCUGCUCUGUAGAGCCAUCGAGAACCCUAGCUUGACUGCCUCAUCAUCCCUCAGAACGUCAUUCAUCUCCGUUUUUGAGGAACCCGUCAUCGACAAUUCUAAUCAGAUUCAGAAGGGGGUUGGAUUAGAUGACUAUCUGGGCUGCGCUUCAAUUCACGGGGCUGGUCCGUCUAUUGCUUUCUUCGACACCAUACGAGACGGGAAGCUGGAUUGCCUGUGUGUCUACCCGUCGCCCCUGCAUUCGAGGGCUCAAAUGGAGGAGCUGGUUGAGAAGAUGAAGGCCGUCCUCGUCGAUGCUACUUAUUAGCAAAUCUUGCUCUCCAUUUUCUAGUACCACUUCUAAGGGUCCAGCUAUUGAGCACAAAUUAAUCAUUAUUUAUUAUGUUUAACUCAUAUUAAUAUUGAUAAUUUAUUAUUAUCUACUAUAUUCCUCUAUUAAGAGUAAAACAAACGCCCUUCUUCAUUACGGAGGGUUGAUCACUUUGUCCUAAUUGUGUUCUCUGCUGCUGUAGCCCUUUCGGAUCAUUAAUACAUUACCGGUCAGUCCACAGAUUACAGAUUGCCCAUCUUCUAUA